AUGCAGCUUCUCGACGCUUCGAGCCGCCAUUGGGGGCUCCUUGCGACUGUUCUGACCAGUGUGCUACUGGUCGACCCCGCAGGAGCUGCAACAAACCGCCCGCGGAACGAUAGAGAUGGAAACAAUGACCCCUUCGCGGUGCUCGAUCCGCAAAACUGGGUCAACCCCGAUAAUAUGACCUGGGACGACUGGCGAACCCCUCCCGGCACCAACUGGGCUGACCCUUCCAGGAAGGGCUCAAUUCGCAAUUUCAACAUUGCCCUUGUCGCUGUCGACUACUCCGAUAAACACUUUGCCGUCACCAUGGCACCCCAUUCGGACGUCUUCGGCAACCCGCAGCCGAGUGCUGCUAAUAUCAAGCGCGAAGAUGUGACAACUUUCUACCGUGACUUUCUCAACAAGCCGGGCAAGCUAAAUCUCGGGCAUACGCUGCAUGAGUACUGGAUGGGUGACUCGGAUGGCCGCUAUGGCGUCGAUCUUACUGCCUUCGGCGUCUACAGAUUGCCCCUGAAGUCGUAUCAAUACGGUAUCAGCGACAGGAUGAACUUGGGUGCUUGCCCUGAGGAGGGAGCAUGUAACGUUGAGAUUCGCGACGACGCCCUUGCUGCCUGGCGCAAGGAGGUUGGUGAUGAGAAGGCUGAUUCCUUUGAGCUUGUUUUCAUUCUUUCGGCUGGCCAAGACGAAUCGGCCACAUGGCAGGAAUUUGGUGAAAUGAAGUUCUUAACGCCGGAGGAUGUCCCUGACGAAUUCGGCCCACCUGACGUUGGCAAUCUAUCGCUCCCUAAUGCUGCACGCACACGAUACGUCGAAUGGACGUCGUGGGCAUCCGCCUCGACGAUCUGGCCCAAUGCCGGUGGUGGCUCAUCCACCCAAGCCGAGAGUUCAGGAAUGGGUACAUUUGCUCACGAGCUCACCCAUCUGCUCCAUAUCGGUGAUAACUACAACAACCCUUACGGCGUGCCAGUUCGUCGGGCUCUUACAGGACCUUGGUCCAUGAUGUCGCGCGGAUCCUUCAACGGACCUGGAGGUCCACACUCCCGAUGGAUGAUCCCACCGGUGCAGGGAAGCUCCAUGGGUUCGUUACACACCGUGCGUGACAAGGUCAAACUCGGCUUGGUGGACAAGGACAGCGUUCUCCAGGUGUCACGCGAGGCAUUAGCAGGCUCAGGCCUUGUCGUUGCCCGCGUCAAGGCCCGUGGGAUUUCUCCUAAACAUGAAUUGAUUGGCGUUCGCGUUGCGAUGGAUGCUGAUAAGUCACCACAUUGCGAUGUCAAUACCGAUCCUUUCUGCGAUGGCAAUAACUACGAUAACUACGAAAUCGAAGUGGUUGACCGUGUAGGUGCAGAUUCCUUCACUCCAGACUCCGGUGUCAUGAUUAGCAAGACUAAGGACGAAUCCUUUUCAAAUUACCAAUGGACGAUCGACGCAAACCCGCAAGACCUUGAUCUUCUCGAUUUCCAUCGCCCAGAUGGCACGCCCGUCAAGAUUACUAUUGGCGAUUACCGCCAAUUGGCCGAUGCAUUGUUCCACGCUGGUACCCGCUCCGGCAGCGAGUAUGAAUAUGUCGACAAGGCUAACAACUUACAUUUCUACAUCGUUGACGUUCAUCGCGACAGGCAAGGCGUCCUUUCGUACACGACUGCUGUUCGAUCGCUCGACCGCGGUAAGGACCCACAUAAGCACGGAGCCGCCAUUUCCUCAGGGAGAGUAAGAACCGGCCGCCGCAACUCGCCAACCCGCGGCGGCGUGACUUGUUCCUUCAAUCUCCGCAACUCCGGCCGCUAUUCAGAUGCCGCUGGUGCGGGCCACCCACAAGAUCUAUCCUCGUACCUCAAGUCUGACGUCUACCGUCUCGAAGCCAGUGUAAAGGGUCGCGGCUGGAAGGUCGAGCUACCAAAUGCGCUUGCUGUCGCUGAGUUUGGCAAGUCGGUUGAUGUCAACGUAGCUGUAGCUGCCGAAUCCUCUGCCUCGUUACUUGCUGUGGUCAAGCUGAAGGCCACUUCGGAGUCUGAUCCAUCUGCAUCGGCCACUGGUCACUGCUUUGUGAACAGGUUUUUGAACUAG